AUGAUGCAGCAUUUAGACAUGACUCUACUGUCGGCAUUUGUGGAGAGGUGGCCGUCGGACACAAGCACCUUCCACAUGCCAUUUGGAGAGAUGUCGAUCCUUCUACACGAUGUGAAUCACAUUCUUCGUAGUCCGGUUGAUGGAGAGCUUAUGAGAGAUGAGGCGUCGCCGAAUAUUCUUAAGUCAGACAUGGGUGGUCUAGUUCGACUUUCGGUGGAUGCUCAUGUUGGUGAUAAGUGGAAGUCUAAGUCGUACGAUAAUGGUUCUAUGCAUGCGGAGGGAUUGUUGGUGCGUGGGGGAGAGCUGAAGAUUAGGGAGAUGGAGGUGGAGUGUUACCUAUUUGUGUUACUGGGAUCCACACUUUUUGUGGAUAAGAGUCGUGAUCGCCUUCCUCCUGCGAUCAACUUGUUUCUGAAGGACCUCUACAGACAGCUGGGCGUGGCCACACGAGCCAGCUGCCGCAGUCUCCGGAUGCAACCCUUGCUUCCUCGUGAAUUUCUCCCCUUUUGCCAGGUCGGGAUGAUGUUAGAUAGAGGUAAGUACGUUAUCGACAGUUGUUGGAUGAGCUUUCAGCAGAGGAUGUGA